CUACGCCUAAUAAUUUGUUUAGAGCAUCCUGUGAAGCCUACCGCCCCGAGAUCAGCGCCCAUUGGUUUACGGCUAGAGCCAGCCCUGAGAGGGAUAUCGGUCGGGCCAAUCGACGGCUCUGUUUUACCUUCGAAUUAACGAACUGCAAGGACAUCUACAUAUUUUCGUUAUCCCUGCCAUAUCCCCACCACGUUUCAGAGCAGCUCGCUGCGUUGCUUUGCGUCGGUCGACGGGUAACCAGCCGUGGGGUCACCAGACAAAUUAUGUCAAACGGAGUGGUGUUACGAACUUGAGCGACUAUCGGGAUUCGCUGUGCUCUCGUACAUGGAAGUAUCGCAAAGUGCGCGUUCAUACGAUUUCAGUGUGGUGCUCGAUGCAAUUUAGAAACUAGCCUUCGUCUCAUAUAUUCGCGUUAAAUUUGUGCUAACGUUGAAUAAUCCUCCACGAAUCUCUGCUUUCGUGUCGUCUUCGCACAAAUGCAUGUAUCUGUAUUUACUCGUUCAAAGAAAUCAUGCUGACCCUGCAACAUCAAUUGGAACAGACGAUCGCUCGAAAAUGGGGUUGAAACGACGGCGCAACAAAGCGGGGCAUCGAUGAAGUGAUUAAUUUUGGGGCAGACGAGGAGGUGCAGAAGAAAAUGAUGACUGCCAUGGCCAGGUUGCCUUGCAAGCAGACUUCGCCUUCGCAGCAGCCACGGGUCAAUAAUUUUGGAAACAGUCGAAACCCGUACUGGGACAUGCAGCCGAGACAUCCUGCACCCCCAUACGUCAGGAAUCAUCAUCGACACAUCGAUCAUACAGAGGCAUUGAAACGUAUGGAGCAAUUACAAUGGUCCAUUGAGACUGAGUGCUCGGACUGGCUACCUAAUUCGCAUACACACACAUGCACACAUGGAGCAAUUAAAUUACAUUGGAAGCGGAAGAGCGCGGUGGAGCUGCUCCAGGAGACGAAGGCGUUCUACGUGAAGAGCGAGACCGUCCUGGACCGGAAGCAGGAGUUGAAGAACAGCGGGCAUCUUCAGGUAUCCCAGCUGAGCGCUCCUGGCGCGCCACCCAGGCUGCUGAGAAAAUGCGGCACCGCUUCCAUGUGCUCCAUGCAACCGACGUCGCCGUCGCAACUGCCACCUGCCACGCUGACGCCGCCCUGUUGCUGGGCGUCGUGCCACGAACAGGACAGGCCAGACGGCAUUCUGAAUCCUCAACAAACACUGCCACCCGCGCUGCCACCGAAGAGUCCACGGUUGGUUCCCGUUCCGCAGCGGCGCACGAUUUCAGGGCCACCGAGCAGUACUGGUGGAGAUCAGCUGCAGACGAAAUUACGUCGACUGCUAAACACCGACAGCAAGGAGAAUGUCUUUUUCCCCGAGAACCCGUCGCAAGUGGUCAUUCAAGCGAACGGCGUUCCUCGGGAGGAGAAAUUCCGCUACUCGCCUGGGAGCUUGUCGCCCAAUUUCCGCGACGAGGAUCGAGGAAAGCGCUGCUUGCAACAGGACGCCCGCUUCAAAUUCGGCCGCAGCAACUCGCACUCGCACACGUCCGGUAGGGCCGCAAGAAAAUCGACCAGUUCCCAGUCGGUGGAGAACACGGCUUGCCACAAAUCUUUGCCCGAUCUUCACACGAGCACUCGACGACGGGCGUCGCUGUCGCCGCGCGCGUCGACGAAGUCGUCCAAACCGUCGGGGCACCAUCAAUCCGCGAACAAUUGCCCGGAUUGCGAAACUAGUUCAGAUUAUUCGGAGCACAGUUUCAAGCGGGAUGCUGUCUGUUACCGCAGUUCCAGACAUAUUAGACGCUCCUUCGGAUCUGGUGGCGGUGAUGCCAGCAGCGUGCUAUCAUCCGGUGGUCGAACGCACAAGUCUUCAGGUUCCAGCAAACUGAGCCAUGGGGCAACCGCGAGGGAUUCUGGCGGAUCAUCCGGGCACUGUACGCACCGUAGCGAACCGCCACCGAUAAUACAAGAUUGCUGGAGUCAUAUACGGCGCGACAGUGGUGCAUCUACUCAACACUCAACGGAAAAAGAACGCUCGAGAGGCGGUAGUAGUUAUGUUAACGGUACCCCGCCUUCCGUUGUGAAACAUUACAGUCCUGAUUCCGAAAGUAGCAACAGUCAAACGGACUAUAGCCCAACAUGCAAUUCAAGGUUUUCCGACGGCUGGAAAGAAGGCCGCGGUCGGCCAAUUUUGAGAUCAAAGUCAGAUAUCAGUGAUCGCUACUGGCGCCAAGACAAUGGUCGAUCUAACAAAGUGCCUGCUCGACCUCCUCGGUCAAUAACUCAACUCGAGAACUUCUUUGAUCGUUUGGGUCUCGAUUCAGAUAAUUAUCAACGUAUCACGGAACCAGACUCGAAGACGUCGUCGCCUGUAUUUUUCGACAGCGUCAGCUCCGUCGACUCGGCGUUAGGUCUUUACUCGUGGGUUGGGAACAACCAAACAAAUCAGGGCAGCCAAUGGCAGAACAAUAAUUGUAGCGUUGGUAUGAGCAACGAGGAUUGCAACCAGAGGGUCAGCGAUCCCCCGAGUAUCGUCGAGCGCAACGCUCGAAUCAUCAAAUGGCUCUGUCAGUGUCGAAAAGUGCAGUUUGGGUACAGUUAAACAACGAGUUUGCGAAGAGGACAAUCGAUACUCCAGUUUCAUUAACACGCAUUCAAGUCAACGAAUGUAGCUCUUCAUCUUGCCAACGAUAUUUUUCACGCAUUGCAGAAACCUAUGCCUUAAGUUUUAAGUUCGUUAGUAAUAGUAGUAACGUUGAAACACCUUCGUCCUGCUUCAUUAAGUUACUAAUGCCGCAACGAGUGGCAUCUUAAUUUAUGAUUUUCUUUUUAACUUCGGAAGACCAUGUGCCAUCUACUUUUAUAUCUUCUUAUGCAUUUCUUCCUAUAUAUUUUAGUAUUAAAUUGUUGCUGAGAAAUUUCGGCGUGACGUUCAUUAGUUUUGUGAAUAUGUUUAUGUCAAAAUUUGUACAUAUAAUCGGUAGACAGAAAAAUCGUCUCGUAUUUUCAUACAUAGGGUCGUGUAACUUUUUGUCUGAUCAAACGAUUUUGUUUUUUUAGCGAAAAAACAUGUACUAUUAUAUAGUGAUUUUAUUAAAUUUACAACGAGUUUAUGAUACACGGGGAAAGUUACGUAUACAAAAUUUGAAGUUUAUGGCGAUGUUUUACUUGAAAUGAUAAAUUAAAUAAAAUACAUUAAUUGUUGUCACAUUUGAUCGUUAAAGCUUGUUGCAUAAGGUUUGUAUGUUUUGGGCAUUAUGACAGAAAUAUGCCUUUUGUCUCUCCAUUUUUCGAACUAUACAUUAAAAAUUUUAAUUAAUAUUGUCAUUUAAUGAAUAAUUCAACGUUGAAUACUAACCGACCACGCGUUCCAAUUUUUGCGGUCCUAUAGGAAUUUCGAAAGUCCAAGUUUUGUCUACAAAAUAACUUGCCGUGUUUCCAUUAGACUUCUAACCCUAAUAGUGUUAGUUCGAUUUCAGUAAUAUUUUUCCAGACUCUAGAUAAUCGUAUCAAUCCGUUUUCAGCUGUACUUUAAAAAUACAAACACUAUUGGUACAAAGCAGAACAGAUGUGAUUUAAUGAAUUUUUAAGAAUUUUUCUCUGUAAAAAUGUUCGCUAAUGGAAUUUCUAUAAGGAAUUUAAACAAAUUUUAACGUUAAUGUUUUUAUAUCUUAUAAAUCUCGUUAAGUCAAUUUGUGUUCGAUUAUUGCAAAAUUAUUUUCGAUUUAAUAAAUUUGAAAUCCUUUGUAACUUUUAAAUUGUGGUGUGAAUUAAUAUUUACAUGCUGCCUUGAUUAAUGUUUAAGAGUAAUUUUACAAAUUUGAUGGACACGUGUAAGUGAAAAUUGAAUAUCAAAAGGAGUUUUUUAUAUUAUUGAUAUGUUAUUCAUUAUAAGUAUCUACUUUGUGCCUAAAUAAUUCGAAAAUUUUAUUUUAUGAAUAAAUUAUCUUGAUUGUUUAAUAUAUCUUUAUAUACGUUUAGUAGUUUAUUAACAAGGUUAAUUAAAAUUCUAUGUAUUUUAUAAAAUUUAAUAUUAUCGUUUAAACAUUAACAGGUUACUUAAAUUGGUAUCUUGUAUUUUAAAUUGAAAAAAAUCACGGAAACAAUAUGUCGUAGAUACGAAAGCUUAUAAUUUAUAAGAUGUAUUAUUCAUUUAUUGCUUAAAACGUUUCCCGAUAUAUUUUACCGUGCAAUAAUACUGAUGAUUCACUUAAAUGUUUUUUUUUUAUUUUAGGUGAAACUUACUAGAUCAUACCGAUUGAAAUAAUUUAUCUAUUGUGUGGCAAUCUAUUAAAGAUAUAUUAUGACUUUGAAUGUUUGUAAUGGACAAAUUGUUACUUAUGUGAUUCAAGUAUUUUAACAAAAAAAAAAGAUAAAAAACGAUUUAUGUAAUAUGAUACAAGAAGAAGUUACUCAACUACUCUCAUUUCAAGUGAUAUAGAUGUCUUAGAUAAAUAGUGAGUUCGCAUAGAUUGUACGCGAGACAUGGUAGUGCAUUGCAAUUAAAAGCAAAAGAGUUGGAAUUACUACUUACAUAGUAUAGCUCGACAACUUAAACAAGGUCUACGUGGUCGUGGUCUUAGCGCAAUAGAUCGAAAAGUAGGAAUGACACGUAGGGUCGCGUAUGUAUCAGGUGUCAUUCGACACUAGUAAAUAAGUAGAAUAAGUGUUUUAGUCACUGUUAGUCAUCCGAUACUGCUGUAAAAGAAUUAAAAUUAUGAAAGGAUAACAAGAACGAGAUAUUGUAUUGUUAAGGAGAAUGGACUUGAAAAUUUAAUAUCUGGAAAAUUGAUUGAGCUAGAAGGCUGAUAUUUUUCAGAAUUUAAAUUAAAAAAGAAAAAAAAAAAGGAAUCUCAGGUUGUGAAACUAAAACUGGAAUAGUACGAAAAAAGCUAUCAUCAUGGAGCUAAAGGGUAAACUAAGUCAAUAGGGACACCUGUCGUAGAUGAGACUGGACAAGCAUUCUUUUUCUACAAGGAUUUUUUUGUAAGUUGUCGAGCUAUAAAAUCUUGCAUUUUUCAAGCAAAUGUAUAGUGAUGCUUGUGUCGAAUACUAGAUGUUUCUGUAGUUACAUAACCAGUAUUUAUGGUAACACUUACAGUUUUUGAGAAAAAUAUAUGGAGGGUGUAACCGAAAUUAUGAGGAGUGUUUUGGCAGCCAAUCGUGAAGUGUUAUUGCACAAAACUGAGCAUAGAAUACAUAUGUUUAUAAGAAGUAUUUUGCUUAUAACUUUUUGAGCUAUGCACUGUUUAAUGUAUGUAUAUUUAAUAAUGUUCGACGGUAUUUAAUUACGCGAGAGUCUAUUUCCAAAAUUUACAUUUUCGCCAUGUAACAAGAAAUUCAUAAUAUAUUUUUACUAGUAUUAGUAAUUUACAUCUUGAUUGAUAAUUUAAUUACGAAAUGUUCGAAAAUUAAAUUCUAAAAUCUAGUUACAAAUUAGAAAUGUUAUUAGACCAAUAUUAAAUACUUAAUUAGACUUAUUUUCAAAAAGUUUUAAGCAAAGCAACUAAAACUACAAUUAUACAUUACUUCUUGAGAGUACAAGCACAAGGUGUGUUCUAUUUCUACUCUAUUAAGAUUUAUGACCAACAAGUUAGUUGGAAAUAGCACUCGUUUCGAUGUGUUUUCGAUUAACCCGCAUUUGAAUCUUUCUUUAGGUGUUUAAAAACUUAUUGUUACUCGUUAUGGUAGAAAUAUACAUUCCAUUUCUUUAACAUGUGUAGACGAAUCUCAAGAAGUAAAAGGUUAGUGUUAGUUUUCAUUAUUAUUUUUGUUAAUAGAAUUAUAUUUUGCAUCGAUGACAUUCGUUAAUGUAAUUGAAGGAAUUUUUAAAACAUGAUGUUGCAAUUUGUUUUAGGUCAUAGUUUAUGUGAUCAAUGUACUUGUACAUUAGAGUUCAAUGCGUUGUCUUCAUUAUCUUAUCGACUCGAGGCUUAGACAAUUUUAAUAUUAAGUAGAUUUGUUGGAAUCUAUUUUGUAAUUUUAAAUCCAAAUGUAUACUUAAAAUGUGGAACUUACGUAUGUGCAUAAUUUGUGAUUUAUAAUAUUUAACAUUGUUAAAGUCAUACAUUUUUAAUUGCUUUUUUUUAUAAUCUAGUCACGUAGAUCAAAAUAUGUUAAAUUUCAAGAUAAUAUUAUUAAAUUCCUUCUGUGUA